CAUCAGGCAUCAGCUCACGGGAAACCUGAAACUACAAAUUGUAGGCGAAACUCAACUGAGGCAGUACAUGUCGGCCUCUUGCAUUCCUCUAGCUGUUUUGUAGAAUCACGUUUAGUAAAGUAAUAGCGUUGAACUUGAUUGUAAGGGUAACGUUUUAGGCGAUAUGGCCGGAUUGGAGUCAGUGAAUUAUUGAAGUUUGCAAUUUGUGAGUAUUUUCCAUAGUGUAUUUGCACAAUGUCUGUGGCAGAGCAAAGGAAGCAGAAUUUCCUCCUACCCAGCAUCAAAGUGGAGCAUAUGAUCGCUGGUGUGUCUGGUGGAAUCUUAUCAACACUGCUGCUGCAUCCUCUGGACUUGGUGAAAAUUCGCUUUGAAGUGAACGAUGGUAGUGGGAAGAGGCAUCGCUCUUACAAUGGCUUGUGGGAUGCGCUUAGAACCAUACACAGAGAGGAUGGAUUCAAAGGCCUGUACAAAGGAGUAUCUCCCAAUAUGUGGGGUGCUGGAGCUGCCUGGGGCCUGUAUUUCUUCUUCUACAACACAAUGAAGUCCUACUAUCAAGGAGGUAAUGCUAACGUGUCCAUGCCAGCUGGUGUGAACAUGUUGAUAGGUACACUUGCUGGGGUCACCACACUAAGCCUAACUAAUCCUAUCUGGGUGGUGAAGACCAGGAUGUGCUUGCAAGUGCCCGGUCAGGUCAAUGCCAGUGGCGAAGCAGUCGUCAUGUACCGAGGCAUGUUCCAUGGGCUGACCUCGCUGUAUCGUGAGGAGGGUAUUCGCGGCUGCUACCGCGGCUUUGUGCCGGGUCUCUUUGGAGUGUCUCACGGCGCGAUACAGUUUGUUUGCUAUGAGCAGCUGAAGCAGUACUACUGUCAUCUGGUGGGUAUUCCCCUCUCAUCUCAUCUCUCCGCCGUGCACUAUCUGAGUCUUGCAGCUUUAUCAAAGCUCUUUGCUUCAACAAGUACGUAUCCUUACCAGGUUGUACGAGCUAGGCUGAUGGACCAGCAGAGUGACUUCACCAGCAUGACGGACGUUGUUCGGAGAACAUUCGCCAGCGAGGGUUGGAGAGGAUUUUACAAAGGCCUCUCUCCCAACCUGUUACGCGUGACACCAGCGACAUGCAUCACGUUUCUGGUCUAUGAGAAGAUGUCACAUGCGCUCCUGUCCUCCGACAAAUAACUGCAAGUCGUCUGCUGAGUGAGCGUGUUGAGUGGGAGUUGAAGUGUUUGGAACCCUUCAUAUUACGAAUACGAAAUCUUUUUUAAAUCAGUUCUAGUGGCGAGUAUUAUGUUAGGAAAGUGUUGAUAUUUAUCACCUGGCAAAUUACCAGUUUUGAACACUGCACUAUUGAUUCAAUUCACAUUGCAAGCAAUAACUUAUUGCGAUAGCCCUUUUCAAGAUUUCUUGCGAUGUAGUUGUAUUCCUUGAGGUAUCUUCUGCUGCGUUGAAUUGGGUCUUCCACCCUUAGCCCCAAUUGCUAACAUCUCUGCUGGACGGAGGGAACAAAUACAAAGAAAUACUGUGUGUUUUGCAACUGCCAGCUAUUGUAUUGUACGACUGAUCAGGUCAUCGGUAAAGUAAAGCCGCACUGGAGUGUGCACUGGCCCGUGUUGCAGCGGUAUGAAAUAUACCUGAUCUGGGGCGUCGGAAGGUAUUCGACAUUGGUGCGGCCGUGAAGAGGGGCCCUUCCCUCGGGGAAAAAAUUGAACCAGUUUCUUUGCUUCAGAAAUUUCAAGACGAGAUUAUUGGUGCGGCUUCAGCCGCACCUGCCACACGGGCCCCGAUGCCCCCGUCUCGUGCAGCACUGGGCCUCCUUGUCUUUGCCCAGAUCGCUUGGCAAUGGCUGUGAAAGAACUGAGCACCUACAGAGGGAACAUUGACAUUCAUUGCUCCUCAAUACAGAUAUGUACUGUAGUAAGUGCUGAUGGAUAGGAAUUAUUUUUCACUAGCUAAGAAAUCAUAAAAAUCAAGAAUCUGACACUGAACAUGAUGUACCGCUACUCUUGAUGUCGGCCAUGAAACUCAAAACCCUC